GACCCGCACAGAGCCGGCGUUGGCGGAAGAUGUUGGCUGGCGCGGGCAGUCGCGGCACCCGGACUCGGUUUCAGCUGGUCGUGGCCCUCUGCGACACGGCGCGCGGGCCCCCUGGAGACGUCUGGAGGUUUAUCAGAAGCGCUCCGCCAGUACAGCGAGUGCGCAUCGAGAGGAGUCGCGAGGUGUUGCCGCUACACGUUCCCGGCGCUCCCGCUUUCCUGUCACGCCGUGCUGAGUGGCUGGGCCAAGGCGCCGUCUGGGACCCUGGGCUGGACGACGCUGUCGCCGAGCUCAGGGGUGGACUGCUUGUCGUGCACGCGCUGAACUCCCAGUUUGCUGGACACGCCAAGGGCAGGCCGGCCCUCUCAGGGCCGCUGACGGCCGCCCAGGCCCGCUCCAUGACCGGCAUCACGGAGGGGGUCGCUGCCUCUGCUCGGGCGCUGGACAUCGUAGACGACCACGUCGCGGGCUGGCUUGCCGACCCCGCCUUGGCGCUUCGGCCCAAGGCCGAGUGGCCGGAGGAGGUCCCACGAGCGGCUAUCCAGGCGAGCUCGAAACCUGAGUGGCACCGCAUCGGCGCCAAGCUUGUGGAGUUGGGUUUGGCCGUGCCCAUCGCCGACGACCGGGUCUUCAAGGUCGGGAACAGGAAGGUCUUGGCGGGAGCGCUCGGUGUCGCCAAGGGCGAUACCCCUUCGCCCUGGCACGACUUGGUCCAGCGGCUCAUUAUCAAUAUGGUGCCUGCGAACAGCUACCAGCGCACCACGAGGGACGACAUCGGGACGCUCAGUGCUUCACCCUCGUGGGUGGGGAUCCCGCUGCCUGAGGGCCAUAUGCUGCUGUGGUCGUCCGACGACCAGGCGUCGGCUUUCUACUGCUACGAAUUGCCCGCAGCCUGGCAGCCGUACAUGACGCUGGCCGAGCGUGGGCAUUGUACUACCAUCGACGACUGGGACCACGGCGAGAUCGUCCCGGCGGGCCUUCUCGGCGAGCUGGUAGGGACGAUGAGCGUUGUGCAGGCCGAGCAGCGCGAGGCCUACGCGAGGAGCGGCAUCCAAGUGGCUGGUGGCAAGGCCAAGCACCGCGAGCUCGUCCUCGAGAGCUCGACAGGAUGGGAGCGGGUCUGGAUGGCAGCGCUGGCCGCGUGGGGCCAGCUCGAGGUCACGGUCAAGGCGAUGUUCGUGGUACUCGGGUGGUGUGCGUGUGUUGCUGAGUUCCGGCGACCCUGCAUGGGCUUCCUGAAUGAGUGCUGGGCUACUCGGCAGUGGAACUACCCUCGUUCGGUGCCGUCCCUGAUGCGUUGGGAACUCCUGCUGUUCUGCAUGACCCUCCCGCUCGCUUUUACCGACCUGCGGGGCAGGAUCGACGCGAGCGUGAUCGCCACUGACGCUAGUGAGCAGGCAGGUGGCAUCUGCUAUUCAGCGGGGCUCACGCCGCGCGGCGUGCAGGCCGCCACCAACGAGGAUGGCCUGUGCGAUGAGGCUGAGCGGGCCACCUUCGAGAACGUGUUCAGCAUGGGGAGCGAGGCGGGGGGCACCGAGGCGCCGAAGGUUACGCCGCUGCUGCUCGACGCGAAGGUCAUGGGCGAAGGAAGCAGCCAGUACCUGAAGGUAGUGGUCAGCGUCCAGCGAGCAGCUGCGGAGUCGUGGCCGAUGCCGAGCUGGCGGCUGGAUGAUCCUGACACGGACCUGCCCUGCAUCCCGCCACGGAUCCUGCGGGGCCACCCGCCGGUGAGGCCAGUCGGCCUGGAGCGGGCGAGCGAUGCUGCCCAGGCACGUUGGGUCGAGGGCCGGUACCGCUACCAGGUGUGCAACUACGAGGACAAUGUCCUGCCGUGGAGCCCAGACCGUUCGCGGGGCAGGCUCCCUAAUGCGAAUAAGCGGGGUGUGCUCGCGGGGUUUGAUCGGCGCUAUUUUGAGGUUGCAGUCAAAGACAGCGUCGCACCUGCUGAGAGAGACAUCAUCAUGGAAAGUCUCAUCGUCAAUAGUUUCUGUGUCCAGUGCGUCGCGUUCCUUCUUGGCAGCUGGCUGGCUCAAGUGGGCGCGCUGUCCGCUGCCCGCGCCGGCCCUGGCAGAGCUGUCUGCAGGUCGGUGGGCGGGAAGCCAACUGGAAACGUCGACGCGGACUUCAGGCGCCAGGGUUUUCGCCGCGCUAUUGCAGAGCGGGCCCUCAUCGUGGAGUCCCUGCGCGUCGCUGAUCGCGGAGGGGCCGACGUCCGACUCGACUACAAAGCGCCCUACAGCGAUCGAGCGUGGCCGCGGUCAGCGCUGCGCACAUUGCUGUGGGCUCGUCGCAUCGCCGAGAGUUUCCAGUGGCAGAGGCCGGCGCACAUCUCGGAGCUGGAGCUGGAGGCCGCAGUGGCUGGGGCGAGGACCAGCGCGUGGCGCCUCCACCCGGGCAUCAAGCGCCUCAAUGCGCUGGCGCUCGCGACUGGCUGCUACCCGCUGCACGGCUACUGCGACACCGACGACGCGCCCGCCGACGCCCCGCCCCUGCGGGAGGCGAUGGCCACGCCGCUCACACUGAAGCGCUACCAGCAGGCCGUCAAUAGCGCGUUCGACUGGUGGCUGGAGCAGGGCCGCGAGGUCCAGUCCGCGGUGCAGGCGGACAUGGGCCUAGUAGACUACAUUGAGGGGCGCUGUGCUGUGGGCGGAUCGCUGUCCGACGUCAACUGCGCGAUCGCCGGCAUGUGUCACCACUUCCCCCCCUGCGUGGCCGCCUACGCGAGAGCUGGAGGCUGGCGCUCACGUGGCAACGUGCUGAGCCGGCAGGGC